CCCCACCUCCCAGCUCUACCACCCUCUCCGAGAAGUUUCUCUUAUUUGUCGGGGCUUGAGAUGGAGUUUCAGAGCACGAGGCGCGCAGUGCGCAGAAACCGAAAACGAUGAGAAGACGAGCCGGAGCAGAUAAAAGAUCUCAGCGCCUGGCAACUGCGAGGAACGGCGGUGAGUGAAAACUUGGAUAGGAUCGUUUGGGCGUCAACCAUCUCGCGUCUUAUCAAUUUGGUGUGAUACACCUGGGGAAGGUGGAGGAGGGUGCCAACGCACUUGUGCCACACUGCGCCAAGCCAAUCAUAGAUAAAAAUUACUCGGAUCCAUAUUUUUCACGUUUAUUAGCGUUGGCCGACUGAGUCUUAUUUAGUUAUGCGGAUUCGGGGGAGAGACUUGAAGCGUUCUGUCCCAAAACAAGCGCGCUAUUAAUAACAAAACUCAUGCGCAAAGACAGCAAAGCUCGUUCCACAUUGUGACUUUUUGUAAUAGUCUGCUAAGAAAUGCGGGAGACUUGUACAACCCAAGUGUGAAGAGAUCCUAUAACACUCUGUCAGGAGCGAGCGCACCAAAACGUUCUCCUUUAUUUGGGAUAACUUUAGAGGCGAAGGAUGUCAGCGUUGCGCAAGAAAUUUGGGGACGAUUAUCAGGUGGUGACUACCUCGUCCAGCGGCGGCGGGUUCAAUCAAGCGGCCCCCGAGAAGAAAAGGAAACGUCAGCGCUUUGUGGACAAGAAGGGCCGGUGUAACGUCCAGCACGGGAACCUGGGAGGCGAAACCAGCCGUUACCUGUCGGACCUGUUCACCACGCUCGUGGACCUGAAAUGGCGCUGGAAUCUAUUCAUCUUCAUCCUUACCUACACGGUGGCGUGGCUCUUCAUGGCCUCUAUGUGGUGGGUCAUCGCAUUUAUACGCGGAGACCUCUACCAGGCCCACGAUGAUAAGUACACACCGUGCGUGGCCAACGUGCACAACUUUCCCUCAGCUUUUCUGUUCUUCAUCGAAACCGAGGCCACUAUCGGUUACGGUUACAGGUACAUUACAGACAAAUGUCCGGAGGGCAUUAUUUUGUUCCUCUUCCAGUCCAUCCUGGGCUCCAUAGUGGACGCUUUUCUCAUCGGUUGCAUGUUUAUCAAGAUGUCCCAGCCGAAGAAACGGGCGGAGACGCUGAUGUUCAGCGAGUACGCGGUUAUUUCCAUGCGUGACGGCAAACUGACUCUCAUGUUCCGAGUGGGUAACCUGCGCAACAGCCAUAUGGUCUCCGCGCAAAUACGCUGCAAACUGCUCAAAUCCCGCCAGACUCCCGAAGGAGAGUUUUUGCCUUUGGAUCAGCUCGAGUUGGACGUUGGUUUCAGUACCGGAGCUGACCAGCUUUUUUUAGUUUCUCCCCUGACGAUCUGCCAUGUGAUCGACCCGAAGAGCCCGUUCUAUGACCUCUCGCUCAGGUCCAUGCAAACAGAGCAAUUUGAGAUUGUGGUUAUCUUAGAGGGGAUCGUGGAAACCACCGGUAUGACAUGCCAGGCUCGCACCUCGUACACAGAGGAUGAGGUCCUUUGGGGUCACCGUUUUUUCCCAGUCAUUUCUCUGGAGGAGGGCUUCUUCAAAGUCGAUUAUUCACAGUUCCACGGCACCUUCGAGGUUCCCACGCCUCCGCACAGCGUUAAAGAACAGGAGGAGAGCUUGCUCCUGUCCUCCCCUCUGACAGCCCCCUCGCUCUGCCACAGUGCAGGGGGGGUUACUGAAGGCAGCAGCACGCUGGAGGGUCUGGAACCUCAGAGCGACGCAGAAACUGGCUCCAUCAAUAUAGCGACCCCCAUGCCCACCACCAAACUGCCCUCCAAACUUCAGAGGCUAACGGGGCGCGACGUCACCAUCCGGGACGGGAUGCCUCGCAAGCUCUUACGCAUGAGCUCGGAGAUCACCUACAACCUGGGGGACCUGCCUGUCAAACUCCAGCGAAUCAGCUCGGCUCCAGGUGUUGCUGAAGAGAGGCUUCAGUCAAUCAGUUCUAUGCUUGGCCCAAUGGAGGACAGGCUGGCUAGCAAGCUGGGCGGAUUUGAACCCAUCAGCCAGUCAGUUACAGACCUUCCGCCAAAGCUCCAAAGGUUGGCUGGAGGUGUGGGGGUGGGCGGAGUCGGAAUUGGAGGAAGAAUGGAUGGUCAUCUGCCUCCGAAACUUAGAAAAAUGAAUUCUGAGAGGUUCACAGGGUUUAGUUUGAAAUGAACUGACUUUUAUAUAUGUAAACGAACGUUUUUCCAUUUACCUCCUAUGAAAUUGCAAUUAAGGAAAAUGGACAAUCUAUACUUAUAGCAAUUUAUAUAUGAGUAAAAUGUUAGAAUAAUGCUAAUCUUCUGCACAAUCUGGCAUGUUUUUACCUUAAGCAGCAUGAAUAAAUUCACUUAAAAACACCUAUUUAUAGGUUCUAUAGACAUAUAACAAUAUUCAACAUGUUAUACAAGCCAAACUUCUUUUGAGGGCUUGCCUAUAUAUUAUGUAUAUUCUUAAACAAAAAUAAAUACAUCAAUAUGAUUAUCAGAGAUCAACAUUGGUGUUCCCUGAUAAUCCAUACUAACUAAUGUUUCUAAAAAAAGGCAAUGGCUAUAGGCCGUAGUUAGCCAUGAAAUGUUUUUAUUUGUUUAGAUUUUUUGUGGAUUGAUUGUUGUCCUUCACAAUAACACAUUGAAAGAUUAGUCGCUCUGGUCUUCACACCAGGAAUGGGGGCAUUUGUGAACUUUUGGAAGAACUGACUCAGGUUUUGUUUUGUUUCGUUCUCUUGCAUGAUCUAUCGUUUCAUAAUCAAGCCAGAUUGAGAAUUAAGCCUUAAUCAUAAGGUGCCAAUUGUAAAAUACUGUAAAAUACUAACCACAACAGCCCAAUUGUAGACGUGCAGAUAAAAAAGGGAAUUUAAAGUUGUGCAAACAUCACUUUCAAAGCUUUUUGAGCUGUCUGUCAAGGGACACAGAAGCCUUUCGGAUAACAGUAUUUCACAUUUGGCUCCCAGUACUUUGCUGAGUUUGUACAUGAUGUUUUGUCAAUGAUUGUUUUUCUGCCUUUUUCUGUUUUCUGUUCAGCAGUUUAAACCUUUUUCUGACCUGAAUGACUUGAGUAUAGUGAAGAGAUGGGAAAGUACACCAUCAAAGACAGUAAAGAGCACAAUGGAUGUGUAUAUCUGUUUUAAUAUAUUUCUAGACAAGACCUUGUCAACAAUGUUAUGGAUUUGUUUAACUCUUGUGUUUGGAAAACCGAAGCAAUAAUAUUAUGAAUUGCAGUGAAACUUCUGACUGGAAAAAAUCACGUUCUUUAUGUUGACCUUAAAUGGUUUGACAGUUUCUAUUUGUGUUAUUCUCAAUAUGUUCUUUUAUUCUUCUGACGAGAAAAAUUACAAUGCCGACUGGAGUGGUUUCUGAUACUGUAAUAAAUGUGUUGUGAUGUGUAUUAUGUCUAUUAUAUGAGAAAACUUGAAAGAUUAACCUCCACCUGAAGCCAUCAACGUGAAAUGAAUCCAGGUUCUAGGUGGAUUUGCCCGUGUUUGGAACCUUUAUGCUCAUUAGUAUUGGCAGAGGUCUUCUCCACAAAUAAAGCAGUUUGAUCUG